AUGGUGUCCCAACCAGUCUCGUCGCAAUCGGGCCACAUUUCGCGGGAGGAGCGCGAGCAGGCGAUCGGCGCCGUUAUGCGCCACGUGCUCUUCAAGCACAGCAGCCACCCGGGUGUGCCUAUAUCGAGGGACGAGCUCAAUAAAGUCAUCUCCGCGCAACUGGCCGGCCGGCGCGUGACUGGGCUCCCGGGUGUGAUUAUAAAGGAGGCCCAAGCGCGUUUUCCGGCAGCUCUGGGAUUCGAUAUGAGGGAGCUUGAAAGAGGGACGCGGGGAAGAGGGGGCGGCGGAGGGGGCGGGGGGCAUGACGGGGACGAGGGAGGGGGAAGGGGAGGAGAGGAGGGGGGGGACGGUGGAGGAGGUAGGGGAGGAGGAGGAGGGGGAGGGGGUGUGAAGGAGUAUGUGUUACAGAGCCGGUUACCAGCGGCGGUGCUGUCACGAUUUGUGGAUACACCGGAGCAGGCAGCAGUCAGUGCGUUCACGACUGUGGUGUGCGCGUUGAUUAAAGGCGCUGGAGGAAGCAUCCCGGCAGAGAAGCUGUGGGCGCUGCUGGGGGCAAUGGGGGUGCGGCGGGGGGAGGAGAGGCAUCCGCAGUUUGGGAACGUGGAGGAGAGCCUUAAGCGCAUGGAGAAACAGAGAUAUGUUAUCCUGGUGAAGGGGGCACGUGGGGCAGGUGGGGAGGAGGAGUGGGCGUAUGAGCUGGCAGAGCAUGCAUGGCAGGGCAUUGGAGCAGAGAAGCUGCAAAAGCUUUUCAACGAGGGCUUUUUGAAAGGGCUGCCAGUGUUGCCUGGCGGGGUUGCCAGUGUUGCCUGGCGGGGCUGCCAGUGUUGCCUGGCGGGGCUGCCAGUGUUGCCUGGCGGGGCUGCCAGUGUUGCCUGGCGGGGCUGCCAGUGUUGCCUGGCGGGGCUGCCAGUGUUGCCUGGCGGGGCUGCCAGUGUUGCCUGGCGGGGCUGCCAGUGUUGCCUGGCGGGGCUGCCAGUGUUGCCUGGCGGGGCUGCCAGUGUUGCCUGGCGGGGCUGCCAGUGUUGCCUGGCGGGGCUGCCAGUGUUGCCUGGCGGGGCUGCCAGUGUUGCCUGGCGGGGCUGCCAGUGUUGCCUGGCGGGGCUGCCAGUGUUGCCUGGCGGGGCUGCCAGUGUUGCCUGGCGGGGCUGCCAGUGUUGCCUGGCGGGGCUGCCAGUGUUGCCUGGCGGAGCUGCCAGUGUUGCCUGGCGGGGCUGCCAGUGUUGCCUGGCGGGGCUGCCAGUGUUGCCUGGCGGGGCUGCCAGUGUUGCCUGGCGAGUCUCCACUGUCCCCCUCUCGUCGCCAUUCCUUCUCGCUCAUGUGCUGCAGACUGUUACAGAGGUGGCUGCAGGGGUGCAGGAUGGAGGGGUGCAAGAGGGAGGUGUGCAAGAGGGAGGGGUGCAAGAGGGAGGGGUGCAAGAGGGAGGUGUGCAAGAGGGAGGGGUGCAAGAGGGAGGGGUGCAAGAGGGAGGUGUGCAAGAGGGAGGGGUGCAAGAGGGAGGGGUGCAAGAGGGAGGGGUGCAAGAGGGAGGUGUGCAAGAGGGAGGGGUGCAGUCCUUCUCAUGA